GUAGGCACAUGUGCAUUGGAACAAAAACAACAACGGUCGCCGUCUGCUGUGCUUAGUGAAGACUGUUCUGUGGCCGUUCGCGCGAAGCUGAAAGUAAAAGCUCUGCUGUAAACCGGUGCUCCGAAUUACGAGAAGUCAGGAGAAAAUCAAUGACUAUCGUGGAACUGGCAUGAAAUGAAACCUUGGUUCCCUAUCCCCUUGGAAAUUUGAAAUUUGGGUUCUGUGACAUUCUUCGUUGAUUACAGCUGUAUAUUUCCUGAAGGAAAGCAUGCCACAAACGCCAACCUUUGCAGCGAUGUUUAACAGCAGUGGUUACAGCCGACAUCUGUACUCAUCCAGAGAAGAGAAUUGUGGAGGUCUAUUUUACCAUGACAACAACCUUGUGUCAGGGUCUCUGGAGGCACUGAUCCAACACCUUGUGCCUACAGUGGACUACUAUCCUGAUAGAACAUACGUAUUUACUUUUCUGCUCAGCUCACGUCUUUUCAUCCGGCCAUAUGAGCUCCUAGCAAAGGUUUGCCUCAUGUGCAUUGAGCAACAGAGACUGAAUGAGGCCAUUUUAGAUAAGGCCAAAAUAAGAAAAUUUGCACCAAAAAUAGUGCAGCUAUUGGCCGAAUGGACUGAGACAUUUCCCUAUGAUUUUCGAGAUGAGAGGAUGAUGAGAAACCUAAAGGACAUGACACACAAGAUAGCUACUUUGGAUGAGUUGCAUCGGAAAACUAUGCACCAGAUAACUCAGAACCUGAUCCGGAAGCUUGCUACCCUUAACCAGUAUGAAGAAGUUCUCACAAAAUUAAAUACAUCUGUCACAGAUCGACUGACUGUGCUAAAGACCAAACCACAAUCCAUUCAGAGAGAUAUAGUGAACAUCUGCAGUGAUCCAUACACUUUAGCUCAGCAGCUAACAAAUGUAGAACUGGAACGACUCAGUCAUAUUGGACCGGAGGAAUUUGUUCAAGCCUUUGCACACAAAGACACUUUAGAUAACAAGACCUGCUUUAAUGAUCUGAAGAAAACAAGUAACCUGGAAGCAUAUGUUGAGUGGUUUAACAGACUGAGCUAUCUAGUAGCAACGGAGAUUUGCAUGCCGGUGAAGAAGAAGCACAGGGCACGAGUAAUAGAAUAUUUCAUUGAUGUAGCUCGGGAGUGCUUCAACAUUGGCAACUUCAAUUCCUUGAUGGCAAUUAUUUCUGGCAUGAACAUGAGCCCUGUUUCUAGACUAAAGAAAACCUGGGCAAAAAUCAAAACGGCCAAGUUUGACAUCCUUGAGCAUCAAAUGGAUCCUUCUAGUAAUUUCUACAACUAUAGGACAGCUUUGCGAGGAGCAGCUCAAAGAUCAAUGACAGCCCAUAGUACCAGGGAAAAGAUUGUAAUUCCUUUCUGCAGCCUAUUAAUCAAGGAUAUUUACUUUUUAAAUGAGGGCUGUGCCAAUCGUUUACUGAAUGGACAUGUCAAUUUUGAGAAAUUCUGGGAGCUUGCAAAGCAGGUCAGUGAGUUUAUGACCUGGAAACAAGUGGAGUGCCCCUUUGAGCGUGAUCGCAAAAUUCUUCAAUAUCUUCUCACAGCCCCUGUCUUCUCUGAAGAUACACUUUACUUGGCGUCCUAUGAGAGUGAAAGCCCUGAGAACCACAUUGAGAAGGAACGGUGGAAGACCCUAAGAUCAACACUUCUAACUAGGGUUUAGCAUGGACAUAAACUGCUUUAUAAUCAGCCCCAAAUCUAAGAUGUUUUAAAUAACUGGCCUCUGAGGACAAGACACUUGGACAUACAGUAGUCUAGAACUCCCGUAUCAGCACCAAGGAGGAUACAUCUCAGUGAGAGCAAAACAGACAUUGGAUGUCCAUAUUUCAUUGGUCACAGAUCUGAUUCAAAUGUGUCUUUUUUUUUUGUUCAACUUGACGUUAUGAAUUGAACUUUGAGAGCGUGCUCAUGAUUGCACACCUCAGUAUUAGCUUUCAAGUUGUGGACUGAACUCCGAGGUUUGCAGCUGGUUAUUCUCUGCUGUUUCAGAUGGAAACUCAGAAUUUGGUGCUGGUCUCCACCUGGUCUACUGAUUAUUGGAAUUAAAACUGAACUCUGAGUUGGUUGCUGGUUAGCCAACUCAGUAAUAUGGAAAAAAAAAUUGCUAAUAUAAUGUUCAUGACAUUGGUCACAGAAAUGUAGUACUGGAAUGCAAUAGAUUUGUGUGAUAUGGGAAGCUAGUUAUAUCCAUGACUAAAUUGUUUACAUAGAACACUGUAAACAUUCCACAUUGCAGUAUGAGUCACAUCUGUAUAGGUUUUAACACAUUCUGUGAUUUAAAGUAACACAAAAAAAUGGAAAUGAUAGAAUGCGUUAUUUUGGCAUAUGUAAGAAUUAAAGAGAAUUUUAGUUGCUUUUAGAUGUUUGGUAGUAUCACACACUUACAUUAAAAUACUGACACAAAAAUAAUAUUGUUCCUUAUAAGCAGCAGUUACACAGGGACUUGUUCUGUGGGAAGGCUUGCAGAUUCAUUGAUGAAAAUGUGGGUGGUCAAUCACACUACAAAGUGCACUCUUCUGUGAGUCACAUCAGCAUUGGAUUGUGCAAUACCUUGUUUUGUUAGACAUUUUUGAUUUGCUUUCAGCAGAUGUAAGCACUUAAACAUAUUCAUUCCAGAUGUGUCACGAAAGGCAUCACAGGACUAUUAAAAAAUGUGGCUCAGAACAUAUUAAAUGUCAGUAAUUCACUAAUGGAGCUGACCAGAUAAUGUACAUGUUUUUGUAAGCUAUUUGAAUGAAGGCUGAAAUUUUGCAGGCAUUUUGUCCUGCCAUUAUCUUUUUGUGCUUUUUUUAAAGAUUAUAAGAACAGUCACAAUAUUGUGGUUAACUUAUCUGUGUAUAUAAUUUAUACUUUUGCGUGUACAUCGUAAUGUAUUUUAAGUGUCAAGAAUGCUUACAAGUGAAUUUUUUUAAAUUUAUGUGAUUCAAAUGGAACUUUUGUAAAUAAUGAGGGUUUUCUUCUUUUACCUGUAGAAAUGAAGUUAUUUUAUACUGGAUCUUUGGCAUAGCUCAAUCUACAGAUUACUGAAGCAAUAGAGAAAGAUUAUUCUAGCCAUGCAUACCAGCUUUGACAAUUUUAUGCAGCAGCACAUAGCGUUUUUGCUAGCAAAUGAUUAUUCCUGAGUCUAUAUAUAUCCAUAAGAUAACAGGCACCAUUAUUCCUACGUGGCAGGAGUGUUUUCUAGUCACCUACAGUCCAUGUGGCACAAGUUACCCAUUGGAUGUCAAUCUAGUCUCCACUCCCCUGGAUUGUCCAGGGUGGGCUUCAAAUGCUGACUCUGUCUCAGAGGUUGAAAUUUUUUUUUAUUCAUUUACGGGAAGUGGGCAUCGCUGGCUAGGCCAGCAUUUGUUGCCCAUCCCCAACUGCCUUUGAGAAGUUUGUGGUGAGCCGUCUUCUUGAACUGCUGCAGUCCAUGUGGUGUAAGUACACCCAGGGUGCUGUUAGUGGGGAAAUCCCAGGAUGCUAUGACUAAGCCAUAGGCCUGACCCACCAAUUGAUGUUAUUGACAUGUUACUGUUCUUUUGUGGACAGAACACAGAGUUAGAUUUUUCUGCUAAGGUUACAUUAAAUGGACAUAGCAAUUUUCCACUUGUGUACAAAUAUUUACUAUCUGUUUUUAUGCUUAAUUGACUUAACGCAUUAUUUAGGGAACAGAUAGGACUGACCCAAAAUUCAAAACUGAAGUAACUUAAAUUGGGUCAUUUUAGGUUUAUAUGUGAAUCCUCAGUUGAAUUAUCCCAUUGUCUAGCACAUUGAAUUAACUUCAUCUGAACCAUUUUGUGUUCCAAUGAAGUUUCCCUUUUUUAUAAGCAUGCAUUCUUAGAAUGACAAGAUCAUAUAUUACAAAACAGCUUAGUAUCUAUCUACAAUGGCCCUUUUAGUCUUUGCAGCUCAUGGGUCCCUGUCAAACCUAUGGUAAAGAAAUGGGACUUCUUAUUUUUUUUACAACUGGUGGUAUAUGCAGGCAUCAAUCUUAGCUUAGCUAUCAGAGAGUGGAAGAGAAAGUCAGUCACAGAUAUUUAUACAAUUUGUAGCUACUUGAUGGAGUGGGAAAUAAUACCCUAGUUAUCCAAGGAAUAAACAACUGACUCCUGUAUACAGAUGUUGACAGAAAAAGUGUUUGCAUUAUGUUUUGAUUCUCACCAAAGCUUAGUUCCAGUAACCAUUUCCAAUCAUUAAAUUGCUAUAUGGACUUCAACAUUUUGGAUUUACAAAAGGUGAAAUAUCAUGUGACGUGUUUGAAAAUGUAACUUACGUGUAAGACAGGUCGUGUCGCAACCUGGAAUGGCUGAAAAUUCCUUUGGAUUUCAAAGAAGCUUUUGGGCAUGCUCAACUUUCAGCAACCAGCACAAGAGAAAGAAAGUGGCUGGUUUACUUUGAUGAAAUGCAGCGUUGUUGGCACUUUCGUCUUGGCUGUGAACCAAGUCUCAUCUCAAGAUUUUUUUCUACCCCAUCAUAUAUUGCACUUUGCUUUUAAAGUUCUUGAAUGAAUGCAGGGCAUUUAUGUCUAAGUGGAUCACAGGAACCCAAAAGUUGUUACAUGUUCUGACUGCAGAGAUUUCUAAUAUCCUGUUUUGCUCACAGAAAAUGUUGACUAUGGAAGGAUCAGUGGUCAUGUCAAAAGGACAUGUAGUAGAAAUAAAUUCAAUAAAUUGUUCAUAGAAUCUUAA